CCUCUGUCGGAUCUCGCCUUCACCUCGAGAACGCUCGCUGAUCGACUUUGAAACUACACAUCCGGCUUACCUUCUGGGGGGUUUACUCGCAGACCAAUCGCUGAGAGCAAUGGCAUCGUCCCUUGUCGUGACGUAGCGGUGCGGCCAUUUCAACCUCUUCCUCUUCAGGAUCGUUGACACUUCCUUUCUCUUUGAUUUCUCUCUAUUCUAUGAGCUUACGGGCACUACGACCUGAAGCAUCUAAUAUUCCGAUCCUACCUUUCCCCUACUUAUUUUUCUGGGCUUAUGAGUGAUCCCGCAAUGGAGACGUUAACGGCAGCAGUUCCUUCGUCCCCCUCGUCGGGGAGCACCUUUCCAACAUCAGUCUACGAUCACACCAGCCUUUCGAACACGACGUCGUCUCCCCUAGCUCUUCUCCCUUCGAUCCCAAAAGAAUUCUUUAUGCUUUCACUCCGCUUCAUAUACCGUGUUGAACUCUUCCUUUUCGUUACACUACCUGGUUCAGUGGUUCGAGCAUUGGGACUGGACAGGCUGGUGGGUUCAUUGAUAGAAAGAGGCGCAGAUCUAAUUGGAGAAUUGGGCGGCGUUAUCGAUGGUGGUGCUGUGGACGCUGUUGCUGGCGGAAUGGAGAUUGCCGGAACAGACGGGGUUGCGGGGGCGGCGGCAGCAGCGGAAGCUGCUAAUGAGUCGGGGUUUUCCUUUGGGGAGAUGCUAUAUAGCUUGAAGAGAUUCAGUGGGUUUUUCAACUAUAUGACGAGCAAAUGGUCGAUUGGUUGUUUUGCUGUGGCUCUCAUAUUGAAUCGCGUCAGUAUCUAUGCUUCCACUCGCCGGCAUCUAUCUCUAAAGUGGAACCGAAGGCUUCUCUUACGGAUAAUCCCAAUUAUCUUGUUUGCUACUCAAAUUGUUUCCUUAUUGAGAGCAUGCCGUUGCCAAACUUCGCCAGAUUAUGCCUUAUUGCGUUAUGGGAAAUCCAAACCGGUGUCGACUUUUGACUACGCUGGCGAAGGAGGCUUCCUGUACAAGUUAAGCUCUUUUCUCUUACAAUGGGAGGACGAUAGGGCGUCAUGCAGCGCAGUUUCUAUGGCGCAACCAGCGGAACCAGGGGAAGCCAUGUACGGCUCUUUCUCUCUUCUUUGGCCAGCUUUCUUGCGCUUGUGCCUGGGCCAUUUCGUGGAAACCCUCUCAUGUGCACUUCAAGGGAGGCCCGUGGCCACGGAGGCGGGGAUGUCUGUAUUUGAACAUUCUCUUGCUUUUGCGGAGGCCGAAACCAUGCUCACCCAAUCCAUUGGACUCGGAUUGUUUGGCAAUAUCAAACCAGCUGGUUCCACCGAGGCUGAAAGCGCCAUGGCUUCUGGUACAGCCAAAAUCCUUACUCGAAACCAAGCCCUAGAAAGACUGAAUGUCACACCAGAACUCUUGCUAAUUACCCUCAUUUCGACGUCGAAUAGCUUGACAUCGAAUAUCCUUGACGUUUUUGGGAAACAAAGCCGAUAUCGAUUGAUUAACACAACGAUUUGGGGCCUUUGUUUUAUGGCUGCUAUCCUGUGGGGAGUUUUCAAUUUGUCGAUCUUAGGCCACGAUGCUACAGUUCUCAGGUUCCCUACAGUUUGCAUUGUGGGAUUUGUGCCACACCUCCUCAUUUUGGUUGGCAUUUUAACUUGUGGCGUAAUAUACCUACUUGCCCUUCUCUUGACUGCUUUCUCUCUCCCUUCGGAUCUACCUCGCCCAACCUUGUUUCGAGAAAGGCUAGCUCUUGCCCACGCAAAUAUGCAGGGUUCGUCACAGGUUCAAAACAUAAGAUUCAAUCCCCACGAUGACUUCUAUACGACGCUGGUGAGGAUAGGGUAUUCGUCGCUGACCGCAGCAAGUGAGGCUGUUUUCCUGAACGAAGGAAAGGGUGUAGUCGCGAAAAGGAUGACAUGGUUAGAAGAAGACAGAUUAGCGGAGAUUUUGGCAUCUCGAUCUGGAAAUAAUCCACGAUCAGGUAUAACUUCAGUUAACCCGCGGUUCGAGGCUGAUGACGGUCUUGAUUUCAAAAUCCCGGAUGGGAAUUCAGAAUGGCAGACUGGAUACUCUCAGGAGAAGAAGUUUGAGAAAAGGAGGCGCGGUGCUCGAUCUGUGAAAAACGAGACCAGCCUUGGAAGCGUUGGCGCAUUUCAGGGUCCUGCAAGAUUUCAUCACGGAUUUACCUUUUUAAAAGGCAUUUUCUUCCUCUUAGUUGGGUGGAUUGCCUUCGGUUUGGUGCGGCUAUUGGAGCGCGUCGGAAUUGUAAAUCGUCCACAAUGGUUGAUCAAGUUGGCCGGCACAGCACGCAAGGCCACGGGCACAAAGCGGACAAUACAUCAACGGUCGUUGGAUUUCUGGAUACUUACAGAUGAAGGUGUGCUCCAACUUCCCGAAACCGAUGAUUUUGACGUGGAGCAAGAAAUGCGAAAGAGGGAAAUGAUGCACCAUGGGUCCUGGGGAGAACCUCAAGAAACGCAGUUUGAAAAGAAGCUUUACAACUGGUGGAAACUUGGUGGAGCAUGGGGCGAAAAGGACGAAAGUGGUGACUAUAACCCCCCAUCAGAUGAUUGGGAUGAUAGCACGAGUGUUGUGUCGGUAUCUACAGAUGGUGAGUGGGAGUCGGAUCUUUCACACGGCCGCAGGACCCCCACACAAGAGGAUCCAUAUCCACCCAGCUUGCCCGAACCCAGGUCUACAACGCCAGAUACCCUGAUUGACACAGCUUCUCUGGCACGAUUAUUAAAUCCGAAAGAUCGUGAAAGCAGGUUGGAAGCUCGCAUACUUUCCUCCCACCUGCUCGCCGGACAGGAGGGCAGGAUCAUGACGCGGAGUCAGUUUAAGAGGCAAACAGAGAUGGAAAGAGCUCGAGUUCUAACUGCAAGCCGAUCUCCCCACCCCUACUUUUCACGUGCAUCAGAAGCAUCAAACGGGGGAGGACGUCCUUCAGCUGAAGAAGAAGCUGAGAUACUCGAGAAGCUCAUCCUCUCGCGACGGCUAAGCGACCACGGGCAGUCAUCGGCUAACAGUGACUCGGCUUGGGAGACUGGUGCAACAGGCUUGGGGCCUUCAGGCCCGCAAUGUGUUGUUUGCCAGGCUGCCCCAAGAUCGAUUAUCACUUGGCCUUGUCGCUGCCUUUGCAUCUGCGAAGAAUGCAGAGUCAGCCUUGCAAUGAACAACUUUGGAAGUUGCGUCACCUGCCGACGGGACGUAGCCGGUUUUGUGAGAUUAUGGGUUCCAUGA